AUGUCAGCGACUACCAGCACCAGCGACAAUGCUCGUCACGCACUCGAAAUGGAAUCCGAACUUAUGCGUCGCUUUCCCGUACCACCGACAUUUGAAUCCAAGCUUGAGGAGCGGGACUACUUGAAAUUCCGACUCGCCCAAGCGUUUCGCAUCUUUGGUAAUCUGGGAUAUAAUGAGGGUGUCGCCGGCCAUAUCACUGUGCGGGACCCAAUAAAGCCCGAUUGUUUCUGGGUCAAUCCAUUUGGAUUGCACUUCAGUUUAAUCCAACCAUCGGAUUUACUUCUGGUGGAUCAUCAAGGCAAAAUCCUCGACGAAUCAGGACCAAGGAGGAUUCUGAACGUGGCGGCCUACAUGAUCCAUUCGACUUUACAUGCUGCGCGGCCCGAUGUUUUAUGUGCGGCCCACACACAUUCCAUCCAUGGGAAAGCUUUUUCUACUCUGGGAAUCCCACUUGAUAUGCUGACCCAGGACACAUGCGCAUUUCAUGACGAUCACGUCGUCUAUACUCAGUUCAAGGGUGUAGUUUUGGACCUUGAGGAAGGCAAGGCCAUAGCGGCGGCCCUUGGAAGCAAGAAGGCCGCAAUAUUGCAAAACCAUGGAAUUCUAGUUGCGACGGAUUCUAUUGAAGCAACAGUUUUCUUUUUCAUCGCUUUAGAAAAGGCGUGUCAAGUCCAACUUUUAGCCGACGCCGCUGCUGGUGGAACAGGCAGAGCUACUGUCAAAAUUGCUCCUGAUGAUGCUCUCAAUACCUACAAGAAAAAUGGCACUCUUCGAGUUGGAUGGUUCCAAGGCCUCCCUGAAUUUCAGCUCUUGGAAGCUCGUGAAGGCAAAACUUUCAACUCCACGAAAUAA